ACCAGAUAACUUUUUUCCAAAUCCGAAAACUUUUACUGAUAACAAGACUAUCAUUAUCGCUCCCUCAAUUAUAUUGUUAUUCAUUGAUAUAAAGCAAAUUGAGAAUAACAACAGCUCAGUUGAUGUUCGGACUCCGCAAAGCAAAGGUGCCAAAAUGUCUGACAUGCCAAAAUACACUCUCGCCGAAGUGAAUGCUCUAACGCCUUCGGAAUUUCACGAAAUUUUUAUCAACGUCGUUGAGCUGUGUUCUGUAGCGGCAGUUUUUGUGUCUGCACUUUCUCCGUUUCACUCUCUCGAGAGCUUAAUUCGUGGCUUCGACGUUUACUUGAGCCAAUUGAAUGUCACGGACAAGCUGAACGUGUUGCGACAUCAUCCCGAUUUGGCUGGAAAACUCGCCGAAAGUGGCAACAUGAGUUACGAGUCUCAAUUAGAGCAACAACAAGCUGGUCUCAAUUCGCUCACGAAAGCGCAAAAACACGAACUCUCCGAACUGAAUGACGAGUACAAAGCAAAAUUCGGAUUUCCGUUUGUUAUUUGUGUGCGCGAAACAAAUAAACUGGAGGCGAUUCUCGCUGCAAUGAAAGUCCGUUUGAACAAUUCGGUCGAAGAGGAAGUCGAAGUCGGCAUCAAUGAGGUGAAGAAAAUUUCGCGAUUGCGUGUGCUGCAAAUUGUAAAAGAAUAAAGAGCUGACAUUUUGUUGCAAAAAAAA